ACUUUACCCAAAACUCAAGCUAACUCAGUUACAAAAUGUAUUUCCUUCAUUUCGCUAUCCGACGAGCGCAUUACAAUUGGUAUACGGCAAAUACCACAUCCCGAAUCCGGAUUAUUGCAACCGGAGUCUUCACUAUCGGUGUAGUAGUUUUUACCUUUGUACAGUGCUAUGGAUUAGUAAGACAAUUCCUUAAAGAAGUUCGGGCGACUGAGUCGGUUACAAAUGGUUUCCCCAAUCAGGAGAAUCCUGCCGUGAUGCGACGGAAGAUUAAGGAGAUGAUGCUGCACUCCUGGCGAAGUUAUGCCCGUGUCGUGUGGGGCACCAAUGAGUUUCGCCCUAUUUCGCGUCGUGUUCAUAUUGGAAGUGAUUUUGGGUCCUAUAAAGUAGGAGCAACGAUAAUAGAAAGUUUGGACACUUUGUAUUUAAUGGGUCUGAAGAAAGAGUUGAAUCGUUCGCGUGACUGGCUCGAAAAAUCAUUCAGCUUGGAUCGUGUUGACGAGCCGUUGUCUGUUUUUGAACUAACUUCCAGACUGCUCUGUCCUAUGCUCACACUCUACUCCCUCACUGGCGAUCUUUUGUACAAGGAGAAAGCUGUACAUAUUGCCAAUAAGAUUUUGCCUGCAUUCGAAACCGCCACAGGAAUACCAAGACGGCUUGUGGUUCCGAAGGAGGGCAGUACCCUAACCAAAUACCUCGAGAGCAUGUCUCGUAUUUCGGAGUUUGGUGCUCUGCACUUGGAGUUCUUUUAUCUCAGCGAAAUCACCGGAUUGUCUAUUUACAAGGACCGAGCAGAGGGUAUUCGGAAGAAAUUAGCCACCAUGAACAAACCAAAUGGACUUUAUCCCAACAGUUUUUGUACAAAUUAUGGUUUGUGGGAAAACUACAACUGCUCAAUGAAUCGAUUCUAUGAUUGCCUGCUAAAGUCAUGGGUGCAAUCUGGGAAAACUGAUCUAAAAACUCUUGAUUUAUUCAAAGAUGCUCUGCCGGCUGUAGUGCAAAAUUUGGUUGUCAUAAAACCCGAGGGCCAAGCCUACGUAACGGAGAUGAGAAAAGGUACUCUUUCGCAUCGGAUGAAACAAACAGAUUGCUUUGCUGGAGCUCUUUUUGUGCUGGGAGCAGCAGAAACCUUGAUGGAGCACUGGGAGAAAUAUGCGGAGAUUGGCGUUGCCAUCGUGGAUACUUGCCAUGAUAAGUUUUGGAGCUCUCCUACUCAAUUGGGUCCAGAUCUUUUCGCUUUCACCGAACAAGCACAAAAGGAUAUUGUUGCCCUGCAGAGGGACUUCUAUAUGUUACGGCCAGAAAUCGUCGAGAGCUACUUAGUUCUCUGGCGACUUACUCAUAAUACUAAAUAUCGCAUUUGGGGCCGUGAGAUCUUCCUGGCAAUAGAGAAAUAUUGCCGAACACCAUAUGGAUACUCUGGUAUUAUGGAUGUUUAUAACAUUUCUGCAGGACAGGAUGAUGUGCAAAGGACAUUCUUUUUAGGCGCAACCCUUAAGUAUUUGUUUUUGUUGUUUUCCGAUGAUAAUGUCAUUCCGCUGGAAGAUUGGGUUUUUAACAGUGCAGGACACUUCCUACCAAUUAAAGGUGCAAAUUCUAUGUAUCGGCAGUACAACACAAAGAAUUGAGUAACUAAAGAUAUAUAUUAAUUA